UUUCUUACUUAACCAACCUCAUGGCCUACCAAAAAAAUUCGUAAACUCGAAGCUUCUUAAUACGAUAAUAUACGAAUAAAAAGAAAGAUGCACGCAGAGGAUACUUCCGUGCAACAAUUGACGCCUUAUCGUCGAUCACUUUGUGUACCUAACGCGCUAUAUAUCGCGUUUUAAAUUAUAAUACACCUAAGAUUGAAUUUUAAAUUACGUGAAAAAUUCACGGAAGCUGUAAAGAAAAGUUUACGUAAAAAUGCAACGGUCCUUAUAACAAAAUCAUAAAAGUAUACGUAAAUAAAUCUUGUUACUGUGAUGCACUAUCGAAGAGCCGACUUUAUUAAUUUAUUACAAUUAUAUAGAAGUUUUGUUUUUGUAAAAUAUUUUAAACCAAUAAAACGUCCACGAAACCGACAUUUAACGGUAUCACGAAGUUCCGCACGAACCUCUGUAAAUUGCGACAAUCUCAUAAAUAUAUGAAAGUGCUGAAGCCUUUGAAGGAUUUUCUGAAGUUGAUUUUUCAUUUCCUGCACGAUUCCAAAGCAGUGUCGCGAAGUUGGCCGCGUAUCGAAACGAUUCGAAGAAAAAAAAGAUACCAUAUCCGGGAUUUAAAAUGGCACAACGAUGCGAGAUGCGAGUUAUUUAACCGAAAGUAAACGAAAAGUAGGAAAUUCAUAAAAAAAAAAAAGAGGAGAGAGAGAAUAAAUGUUCGUCGUAGUAGUCGCGUGGUUGAAAAACUAAAGAGGAACUCGGUUUUCUGUCGUACGACGUGCGAUUAUGCUUCGCAGUGAAAAAUUCAGCGAGUAUGAACCUGCGGAUCGAGUUUCCGGUUAGCGUAGUGACGUGAAGUUUCCAACGUGUCGCUGUUGUGCGUUGUGUGCUCGCCGCCAUCGCGACCGCCGUGAAGUGCGCAUCGUUAGUACCGAGUUGUGUGUACAUAUAAAUGGCGGCUGACGAAAAAUGGUACUUUACGAAAGAACAGCUUACAAACACGCCGAGCAGAAGAUGCGGUAUCGACGCGGAUAAGGAACUGAGCUACCGGCAGCAGGCAGCGAAUUUCAUUCAGGAUAUGGGACAGCGGCUCGUGGUAUCACAGUUAUGUAUCAACACAGCAAUAGUGUACAUGCACAGGUUCUACGUAUUCCAUUCGCUGUCACACUUCCACAGGAAUGCAAUUGCCGCGGCAGCACUAUUUUUAGCAGCAAAAGUCGAAGAACAACCGCGCAAGUUAGAACAUGUUAUCAAAAUGGCACAUAUGUGUCUCCACAGAGAUCAGCCCCCACCUGACAUCAGGUCUGAGCAAUAUCUUGAGCAAGCUCAGGAUCUGGUUUUCAAUGAAAAUGUCCUACUACAAACAUUGGGGUUUGAUGUCGCCAUUGAUCAUCCCCACACACAUGUUGUUAGAUGUUGUCAACUGGUUAAAGCGAGCAAGGACUUAGCCCAGACUUCAUACUUCAUGGCAUCUAACAGUUUACAUUUGACAACGAUGUGUCUGCAGUACAAGCCAACGGUAGUUGCCUGUUUCUGCAUACAUCUUGCGUGCAAAUGGUCCAAUUGGGAGAUACCGCAGAGUACAGAAGGGAAGCAUUGGUUCUGGUAUGUCGAUAGGACCGUAACUUCUGAACUUUUACAAGAGCUUACAGCAGAAUUCCUUCAUAUAUUUGAUAAAUGCCCAUCGAGAUUAAAGAGAAAAAUCAUGAGCAUAUCCGCCAAUCAAAGCCCCAGCAUCAAUCAUCCUAGUUUACCGAAUUCACCAUUUGAUGCCGAGCCGCGUAAAGUACAGUCUCCCGCGACAACGGCCGACGGUGGACCUACGUUUCAUACGAGUCGACCUCAUCAUACGGAGAAACAAGAAGAAAAGAAACAAAUUCCACCCGCGUCCACAAGGCCGCCGGUCGAUUACCGAGAGUAUCGCGAAAAGAAAGAACGCGAACGUUUAGAAAGGGAAAAGGCAGCUGCUCCAACGGCAGUCGUGCAAUCUCACGUGUCGGACAUAAAUAAGCAUCAUUCGCAUCAUCAUAAACCUGUAUCUAGUACAAACGUGCUGAACAAACAUCCGUUACCGCCUGGACAGAAGACGCUUCAUCAUAAUCAUCACCACAGGCCAGAAGUGAAAGUUGGACAACCGGUACCGCAGAGGCACUCGAGUAGUAAUCAAGCUAGGGAACCAAAUCGCGAUCCUAACAGGCAGAGGUUACAAAGGGAAUAUAAUUCGAGUACUGGCACGAGUAGCAGCAGUACAAUACAUUCGCACAGUCACGUGGCGCCAAAGGAAUCCAAUUCGGACAAUUUGCUGACGGAUUCCGUUGCACACAGAUCGGACGUCGGUGCGCUACAAGAGCCAAUGCCCCAUGGAAACAUGCAAGAGAAACUUAGUAAUAAUAAUCAUAGCGUGCAUAGAUUAAGCGGAGUAGAGAAUAAGCAUCAGGGUCACGAUAAGAGAAUGUACGAUCCGAGGCAUAAGCCUGUAGAGCAUAGAAAGGAUAGCGAGCAAAAACCGUACAAGUAUCCGGACCCUUCGAGAGUCGAUCGACAGAGGAAGUCCGAUACAUUGGAACAGAGGUGCGAGGAGGUGAGGAAGCUCAUAGAGAAACCGUUACCUCUACCGAAACCCGCCCUCGAUGUACCCUAUGUUUCGAACAUGCAGAAACCGCCACAUCACACUAAAUAUCCUCAGCCAGAGAAAUUACAAGCUGGCGCCGGUGUGGUCUCGGUUGACGCGAAACUAACCACCGGCCAGGGUUCGUUCUCGCAGGAGAAAUCACCGAACUCCUCCGGUUCGAUCUCGUUGCUCGUUCAAAAGGCCGUCGCCACCAAGACGAUGUCGAGCCAACACACCGCUCACGGCGUGUCGCAAAUAUUGAAAGACACGAUCAAGAACGGCAGUUCUCAGGCGUCGAGUUUAGCGUCGUUGAACAAUCUCGACGAUCCGAAGACCGAGAAGCGACCGCGGCAUGACGACACGGAGAAAAAUUCAUCCGACGUUCAGGCGAGCGUGUUGCAAACGCCCCCCGGCAAGCACAAAUCGUUGUUCAGCCCGGAGAAAGUGCCGACGCCUCGGGAAUCCCACUCGCAGAGGCCUAAGUCUAAGCAAAAGACGCCGCCCUCGGCAGCAAAAGUUCCUAAACAAGAACGCGUACCGGAUACGUCGAUAGGUUUUAAUUUAGUAUCGCCGUUCGCGAGCCCGCCGGGCCUGCAGCCGCAGGACCAGGCGCCGGUUAAACGAUCGUCCAACGACGUCUCCACGACGUCUCACAAGAGACAUCGCACGGGCAGCGCCAGCGAAACCGCGCAGCCAGUCAAAGUGAAAAUCGAGGACACGUCCAGCUUCGAGGCCGUUAAAAUGCUCGGUAGGGUACCAGAACUGAUACAACCGAUUAGAGAUAAUCCGUCGUCGAAUGGCAGAGCCACGCAAAUUGCGAACGACAUGAAACCGCCGGAACUCAUAAAACCGUUCGAUUCGGAACCGACGAUGGCACGCUUCGUCACGACGCAGCAACAAGUCUUGUCGAAUCAGCAGAAUCUGACGAACGGUUUAGACACGAAUUUAGUGAAACAAGAUCCUCAGGAAUUCCAAAUGAAGAAAGAACCUUACAAGACGGACGCGGCAAAAAGGGUGGAUCACCAACAGCUGAAAGGGGAAUACUUGUCGCCGAUGAAGUCCGCUCAAAGUAUAAGUGCUUUGCUUCAGGAACCGUUGGCAGCGAUGCCGUCUUUGCUCCAAGGUGUGCAGUCGUUCAAUCAAAUAGCAACGCAGCAGACGAGUCAGGAGCAAUUUCAACAUCAUCUGCAACAACAACAACAACAGCAUCAAUCCAUAUCUCAUUCAAUAUUGCUUUCAGACCACCAGAUUCCUAUACAAAAUCAAUGCCUCUCCUUACCAACGGUCAGCGAGCCAGCGAUAGCUUCGACCGUCGACAUAAGCGUGCUCUCCGUUCCUGUACAAAUUAGCGCCGAGUCCAUACUUUCCGUGCCAACGUCGACGACGAUAACGGUUCCCGCGCCCGCGGAGGAGAAGCGUUCCGAGCAUCACAAGAGCGAGAAGAAAAAGAAAAAGGAGAAGCACAAGCACAAAGAUAAAGAUAAGAUCAAGGAGAAACACAAGAGCAAACACAAAGACAAAGACAAGGAGAAGCAUCGAGAGAAGGACAAGGAGAAAGGGGACGAGAUCGUGUCCACGGUACCGAUCAAGAUCACGAUACCCAAAGACAAAUUGAACCUGAGCACAGAAUCAACAACGGGCAGCGGCGCGGCGACGACCGACAAGAACAAGUCGCCCCAGAACACCAGCAUCAAGAUCAUUAUACCGAAAGAACGGUUGAAAGGCACGGACAGCGUGACGAAUUCGCCCGGCCAGCCCGUGGUCCAGGGCUCGUUGAAGAUCAAGAUCCGCACGGACGCGAUCUCGCGGAGUUCCGGGGCCUCGUCUACGACGAACAGCUCGAGCGCCAUCUACCCGGAAUUUCAAAACGAGAGCCGCAAGCGCGAGCGUAUCGACAUGAAGGAGAGCCCAACGACCAGUGUACCACCGACGAAGAAGCAAUCGCAGAUGUCGCAGGGCUACGGACAACACCGACCGGGCGAACGGCAGAAUGGCAGGCACUAUAGUUCAAGCAGCAAUAACAAGGAAAAGCACACGUCUAGCCACCACAAAAGUUCCAGCAAGAUGUCGCAGUCCCAGCAGUCUCAUACGACGUAGUAUUUGGACACUGGUAGAAGAAGAUGUCGGAAGCCCUUCCGAAGUGACCUGAUCGAUAAUCCGCCUGAAUGGAGGGAUUCAUCUUACUUCGCUUCUUCGUCCUUAUUGAAAAACCGCGUCGAGACAUCGGAGAAUGCAGCUUUCAUCGUUAUCCUCGUUUGCUCGCGCUCGUCCCGGACGAUUAAGAAGAAAACGGAUCUUCCCCAAUUAUCCGUCGAGCCUCCCUUCCAUCAACGUCUUCGAGGGAAAGUUGUUCUCUCGUUCCCGGCCAUUGCUGGCGCCGAAGAUCAACGAAGAAAGCGCGUGCUUGACCGCCUCUACGUUAGCCAAAGUUUAACGUAAAUCAAUCAGCAAUAUAAUGCUUUUGACUGCGAACUGAAUGGAAGGAAAAAAAAUAAUAUUCUUACUCAGGUCAAAUUAGGUACACGAUAAGUUAAGAGGAAAGCAAACUUCACUUCGUCCUUGGUCGUUGGUACACGCGACUGAUCUUCACUUUGUUUCUUACAUUCACGUCGUUCGUUGUUAUCCGCAACACACAGGGGAUGAAUUUUGUUUUCCCCUUUUUUUGGGGGGGUGGGGGAAAAAAACGCGGUUCAAACUUAUGAAAGAUCACGUCUAGCAUCGUUGCGGCCCUCGGGAUCUUCGAAUGUUCCGCGUUUGCUCGCGGAAACGUGUACGUCGCACGCUACAAUUGCUACCAUUUCUAACGAUCGUUCAAGGUCGACAGAUCGGUUAUAGGAGCACGGUAAAGGAAACGAAUACUCUUCGAGUCAAAAAAAAAUACCUAUAUUUACAUAUUCUUUCGACGAAUCCGUGAAUCGAACCGUUUUGCGCCUCGAGGGCUGCCUUUUUGUAUUUCUUAUUUCGUUAAACUGCCACGUUUCAUUGCAUCGACGAACGCGAGACAAUGCAUCGCCAACUUCAUGACUAUUAAAAUUGAUCGUCGAUCGAUUCGUUAGGUAGGGACCCCUUUGAACGUAGAAUAGCAAAGUAAUAUGCGUACGUUUGUGUGUAGACAAGUUCGUCUUGAUCGUUCGAUAGAUCGCAGGCGCGAGGUGUCUUGUACGAUUCUUUUUUGCUGAUAAAGUACAAGGACGCGAUCAUUCACCGUGUUUAGUGGUUCGUUCCCCCUUUUUCUUACGCUCGUUGUGCAUUUAAUAACGUGUUAUUUUGAUACUCAGUUUUAAUCGGACAGAUCAUGCCAAAAAUUUAUCAUGUAGUUCACGAUUCAUUGAUUUUUAAUUUACGUAUAACGGUAUACACAGUCUCGUCAUUAUUAACUGUAUCGAUAGUAGCUCAGCGACUCGCCAUCAUUGACUCUUCGUUAAAUAUUAGCUGGCAACAGUCUCGAGUGUCGCGAGUCCCUAACGAGCGAAUCGUUUGCGCGAACCAAUUAUCAUGCACACAGAAGACAGUAAAAAAAACAUGGUCCAUGUCCAAUGAUAUUUAUUCGUGCCGUUUUUGUUAUGUACAUAGCCGAGAAACUGCAUAAUAUAGUAAGUAAUUCGAAUUAUACUAUCGCCAUUUAGUAUAAAGGACUAUAGAUAAAAUAAUUAAUAUUAUCGUCAGACUGUAAAUAAAAUUAUUUUGUAUGCCAAAAUAAACCAAAUGAAUGACUCGACACACACAACUGUCACACACACGCAAACACACACACACACAGAAUAGCGUUACGCCCGGACACCACAAACACACACACACGCGUAAUCACACGUUUACGAAACACACGCAAAAGUAUACACACGAGUGGUACAAGUUACAGUACGCGACAGCGGACGAGAUUACAUCUACAAUAUCUUACGAAGCAUGCGCGUAGUUAGCGAACCACGGUUAAUACUCGAUUCUGUUCUUCGUAGGUAUUAUUUUUUAAGGGGUGAACAAAAAAAAAAAAAAUCGAUAAUAGAAUCCCGUAUCGCGAACGGCCGUGCGUACUGUACCGAGAAUAGAAAUGUUAUUGCCCUGUUUUCACGAAAAUAUUUCGUACCCAGCAUUUGUUGCGUCACGGUAGAACCUCGAUAAUGAACGUUAUGGCGAAUCGAUACAACGAUCGAGGUAACCAAUUUACGAAGAUGUACCUUCGAUAAUUAUGGUCACUACCGGUAGUCCACGGUUACGCGAGACUGAUUGCGAGUCGAUUUUCAUAAAAUGUGUGUGCAAGCGAGAAAUGCAAUUUCUUUACGAAUGGAACGUGAUAUUCAAACACGUAUAACCGAAAAUAGUUUAAAGAAAGUCAAAUUUAUAAAAUUACAUUUUCAUUUCUUGAUGUCCCGUAUGAAGGAAAAUGUAAACAGUAUGUGUGUAUGAUUUCGUACGACCGGGGGCCAGUGCACCACCUUUGUUUCUUGCCCCUUGAGCCUCACUCGUUGCCAAACGAUCAUCCAUUCCAAUAGUCGACAGAACGCAACGAACGAUAUACACGCGCGAUCGACGCGAUUGCAUUUAUCGAGAUUCUACCGUGCAUCUCUGAGCGAGGAGCAUGAACGUUUCAGCGUGUUCUCAUUCUUAUAAUAAUAAUAUUAAUAUUAAUAUCAAUAACAUUUAAUAACGAUAAUUAUAAUAACACCAACAAUGAUAAUGGUAACGAUAAGGACGCAAAAAGGAAAAAAUGAAAAAAAAUAUAAACAACGGUGAACGUAUCCGUCGUUUGUAAACUUUUGAACGAAUUCACGCACCGUAGCCAUUAUUCUCUUCGUCGUUCUUCUUUCUGUGCAUAUCGGGGGUUACGCCGAGCUCGGGAAACGUGUGCACGGAGAAAAAUGUAUUUAUUGAUUAAUCGAUAAGACCCGAAUGAUCGAAUUCUUCGUUACUUAGAAUUGUGGAUCGUAAUCGACUAUGUCAAAAUUGCCUUUGACGCGUUCGUUCAACGAAAAGGUACGUUAGCAAUAAAUGUGUCCAGGCGACCGCGGCGCGGUAAAAUAAUCGUUACGCUCGUCGAACAAUACCGCGGGAAUAUUUUUCAUUCUUAUUACGAUAGAUGGAUGGAACGACGGGACUGUUUUAUCGCGCCGUGCCCCAUAUGUAUUUUCGUUAUGUCCCCGCGGCCGAGAGCAAUCGAAAGUUCCACUUAGAAAAUAUAGAGAUUAGGACACGUUAACGAUUCAUAUUUAUCGACACGAUUCGUGAAACACCAACCUUUUUAGCGUUCUCUCUUGGCUUGGGCGGUACAGACGACGUUUAUUGCUAAUUGUUUUCAGUCAGCGGAUAAUGCGUAUAUCUAUCUCACAACUGUUUAAAAAACAUUAACCGGUUCAGCGACAACGGAGUACAAGGAUUGUGAAUGGUAUUGGUCGUGACGGUAUUUAGAACGGCAAUGUUUUUAUAAUCGCCAACAUUUUUCGAAGUUUGAAAUGGACACGCUUGGAAAAAUCGUUAGAAAAAGAAACUUAGUUGUAUUUCUGAAAACGACGAAAAAAAAAAAACAAACAAAAAAGAGAGAGGUUUAAAUGGAGCAUCCGUUUGGAAGAAAUCGCUUUUCCGUUUCAUUCUUCGGGGGAGAAAGCUCGAUUAUAGUUAGAAGAGUUAAUUUUCUUUUUUUUUAAACAAAAAGCGAACAGGAGCUAACCGACAGAACCAUGUCCGCGAUGUAAAUAAAUUUAUUCUUAAGGACUUAAACAGAAGCGACGAUUCGUGGAGAGUGUAUACUUAUUAUUAUUAUUUUUAUUAUUAUUAUUAUUAUAUUAUUAUUAUCGUUUGCAAUUCGUGCAUUUGUAUUUCACAACUCGCAUGCCGUCGAGCUGCGUAUCGUGGGUACACGAUCGACCCGGAAGUCCUCAGUCGCGAAAAAGCGUUGCCCGAAAGUGAAUUGAUACAUGGAAAACGAAUAAGCGAACGUUACUUUCAAAAGAUGAUAUUUUUUUUUUUAAACGAUUUCCACGUUCCUUUGAAUCGAACGUAUUUAAACGGGUUUACUCUCGACGCAAAGAUGGUGGUCACAUCCAUUAUUGUAAUCGUAAGUGCAAUCGUUACACCGUGAAAAAAUGGGAUUAUCUUUCGGCGUAUGUAUUUAGAUUUUUAAAGAGAUAUUUAAAAAAAAAAGACGCGCAAUGCCUUUCUGUGUUUCUUCACGACUGACGAUCUUCGGGAUCGUGACGAGCUUGCCUAGUUUCGGGCAGCGUUAAAGAAAAAAAAAAAAAAAGUUAUCCUCAAUAAAGAGAGAAGCAAAAG